AUGGAAGAAAUAAAUACUUAAAAAUAAGACGAUUCUCCUGCUCCCUCUGGAAGUUUUAUUGUUAAUGUUGAAAAGAUUUAAAGGGAUUCAGUUACAGAAGAUAAAAUAUAGCCUGAAGAGGACUUUGAAUUGUAAGCACUAUUUAAUAAACUUAAUUCAACUAUUGAUGAAGCCCCAUUUCAUGAAACAAAAUGCCAAAAAUAGAAGUAAGAUUUAUCAUACAAAGCUGAGUUCAUAAUGACUCAUUUUAUAAAGUUCUAUAUUUAUUAGCUGAUGUUUUACAUUUUUGGACCAUUUGUUUAUCUAUUCCUUCUAAAUAAACCAGCUUUAAUGUUUAACUUAGGAUUUUGGUCCUUUAGAUAAGAUGUAGUUUUUUAGUAUAUUUAAUGGGUAGGACACAUAUUUUGCCUUUUAAUGUAUUUUUAUUUCAAAUCUCUUUCCUCAUUAGAAAUAGGUCUUUUAUGGUUUUCAUUAUUGACUAGGUCUAUUAUAGUUGCUGCUAAAUUCUCCACUCUUAAUGAAGAGAGAGUUGAACUGUAUGAAAGUACUCGUUUAAGUAAAUAAAUUAUAUAUUUUGAUGUUGUUUUAUUUGAUUGGGCAAUAUAAUCCAAAAAAAUCAAAAAUUUAGAAAUAGCAAAAGCAGCCAAAAGACAUGAUUUUGAUACAUAGUUUUUCUGCUUUAAUUUUUUAGUUGAACCAUUAAAAGAAACUCAAUAUGCAUUAUUGGAUGAUAAAGAAACUUAAUUAAAUCUUCCUCAUGAGGGUGCUUAUGGUGGAAUAAAUUUGAUAUCCUAUUUUAUCGAUUCGUAUUAAUCGCUAAAUACAAGAAAAAAUCAACUUACUGUGGCUCUCCUAAUCAGCUUUAUUGUUGUAAUCACUCCAAAAGUCUUAGCAUAUGAGAGAUAUCUGUAAAAUCCAGUCGAAAUAUUCUUAAAUAUUGUUUGUGGAGUAUUUUAGAUUUUAUAAUUUAAUUGCAUAUUCUUAUACUUACUGAUUUCACUUGAAGAUAUGAAAAGAAAAAUAUUUUUAUUAGAUUAGGUGUAUUAUUUAAUCAGUACUAAGAGAGUACGUUGUAAUGAAUUUAAAUUAACACCAACCAUUGAUAUAAAUUGUCCAAGAACAAUAGAGGCCUGGAGUAUGUUAAGAUCUAUAGCCUUUGAUUAUGGAGCCUCUUACCACAUAAGGAACUAAAUCUAUCAUACAAUAUUAAUUUUAUGUUGUGUCGCAAGUAUUAUUUUUUCUUUUUAAAUUAUAUUGGACUAUUUCUAACUGGAUUAUUACUAUUUGAUUACGUUAGGGAUUAUCUUUUUAAUAUUUUUGUUUUUCAUCUCCUUAUAUUUAUUAAGUGCAGCUAAAAUUAACUAAUUUUUUGAGGACUUCAAAACACAAAUCGAAAAUUUAAAGUUCAUUUGCCAAGAUGUCAAAAGAAUGAGGAAGCAAUAUUUUGAAGAAAAUAAUUCAGAGCCUUAAAAUUUUGUUCAUAAAUCUUUUGUUAAUCAUCUUAAAGCUUAACAUGAUAAUGACAACUUAAUUAUCUAUUAAAGAAUAGACAAUUUAAUUGAUUCUUUAGAUAAUGCUUAAAGACAUAUUGAAUAUGAUAGCAGAAAUUACCCUUUGAAACUCUACGGAAUUAGGAUAACCUACGAAAUUCUCUAAAAUUUAGUUGUUGGAUUAUUUACGUUGAUUAGUUUUGUAGUUCAACAAAGAUUUUCAUCUUGA